CCUCAUCACCAAUGUUUUUCUUUUUUCACUCUACCCUUAGAUACUUUACUGUUUCUGCUACUUUCCACUAUGGUGGUCACCACCGGCACAAAUGAGUUAGAGACAAGUGAUGGCUCUACUUAUGAUGGUAGAGCUGAACGAAUAUCUUUUGAUGAUUCAAAAACUGGGGUGAAGGGCCUUGUAGAUUCUGGGAUCACAAAGAUCCCACGCAUGUUCCAUUCUGGCAAAUUGGACCUCAGUGAGACCUCACUAAGUGCCUCAAAUAUCAUCAGUAUCCCGAUCAUAGAUCUUCAAGAGGUUAACAAAAGUUCAUCUCUGCAUGCUGAAGUGGUUGACCAAAUUGGAAGUGCAUGCAGAAAGUGGGGUUUUUUUCAGGUGAUGAAUCAUGGUGUUGGUGUUGAUGUUUUGGAUGAGAUGAUAUGUGGAAUCCGUAGGUUUCAUGAACAAGAUGCUGAGGUAAGGAAAACCUUUUACUCCAGAGAUAGCAAUAAGAGAGUCAGAUAUUUUUCCAAUGGUGGCCUGUUGAGAGAUUUGGACCAGCCUGCCAACUGGAGGGAUACUAUUGCUUUUGUUGCAAAUCCUGAUCCUCCCAACCCAGAAGAAAUACCAGCAACAUGUAGAGACAUUGUGGCUGAGUAUUCAAAGAAAGUAAGGGCAUUGGGAGUUACAAUCUUAGAGUUAUUGUCAGAGGCUCUUGGUCUUGAUCCUUCUUAUCUUAAGAAAAUGGACUGCUCUGAGGCACUUUUUAUUAUGGGUCACUACUAUCCGGCAUGCCCUGAACCCGAAUUAACUCUGGGCUCUACGGAGCACACUGAUAUGGACUUCAUGACAAUACUUCUGCAAGAUCAAAUGGGUGGUCUUCAAGUUCUUCAUGAGAAUCAAUGGAUUAAUGUUUCUCCUGUGCAUGGGGCACUUAUUGUUAACAUUGGAGAUCUCUUACAGCUUAUGACAAAUGACAUGUUCAUCAGUGUUAAUCACCGGGUCUUGGUGAGUCAUAGCCCUAGGAUUUCUGUAGCAAGCUUCUUUAUGAAUUUUACUAUGCCCAAGUGUACUUCAAAGAUUUAUGGUCCAAUAAAGGAAUUGUUAUCAGAAGAAAACCCUCCAAUCUACAGGGACAUUACUAUGAAAGAUUUCUUGACACAUUAUUAUUCAAAAGGCCUUGAUGGGAACUCUUGCUUGCUACCUUUCAGGAUCUGAAUCAAAUAUGCAUAAAUAGAUUGGUGCACUCUUGAUUCUCAUGGAGAAGGCUUUAACUCUUUAAUCAUUAUAAAUAACAGGAGCCAUUGACUGUGAUUUUCUGUAUAUAGGGAAUUUUAAAGGACAUCUUAGUAUUUAAUUAUAUAUAUAACAUAGUUUGUGUGUAUUGUUAACGGUUUAGCAAGUGCACCAAAUGUCCAAGUAGUAAAACUCGGAAGUCUGAGUGUCGAAUUCCACAAGGAUUUUAUUUUAUACUUUUACUAUGUGUUUGGAUGAGGAAUUUAAAGAUUUCUAGGAAAUUCAAAUUCACA